ACUCUAAAACCAUUUCUGCUUUUAUCGGUUCAUUGUUACUUCUCGUUACAUUUCAGAUACAGAAUGGCAUCCCAAGGCUGUAUUGGUCUCAUCAAAUAUUUCCUAUUCCUUUUCAAUCUACUUUUUUCUUGUGUGGGCGCCCUCCUGCUGUCACUUGGGAUAUGGAUAGUCCUUGCUGAGACAAGCUUCUUCAUGCCUGCCCCUCCCUAUAUGUCUUUUUCUGUGUUCUCCUAUUUCCUGGUCAUUGGUGGAAGUGCUACGAUGUCGUUGGGCUUCAUUGGGUGUCUGGGUGCAUUGAAGGAGGUGAAAUGCAUGUUAGGAAUGUAUUUCUUCCUGCUCUCCAUCCUUCUUGCUGCUCAGAUUGUGGGAGCGGUUCUGCUCUUCACUCAGAGGACUUCAUUUGAAAGCAAAGUCGAAGAGCAUGUUCUUCAUCUCAUUGCAUCAUUUGGCAAGAAUGAAUCCAACUAUCUGAAUUUGGAAAAGACUCUGGACUACGUUCAGCAGGAGAUUCAUUGUUGUGGAUGGACAGGACCAAACAUCUGGGUGAAGGCACCCUGCUCCUGUUACCACCCCAUCAAUAACACCCAGAAUGACUCAAAUUCUUAUGAAAUGUGUGACUGCAAUGACAUCCGGUCUUUUUCAAAUUACACAAUGUGUGACAUCUAUCAAAACGGGUGCAGAGAGAGUAUUAGAGAGUGGUUGGACGAGAAUAUGCUCAUUAUUUUUGCCGUGCUACUUGCUGUGAUGACGGUGGAGCUAUGUGGUAUGACCCUUUCGAUGUGUCUGUAUAGAUGGACCAGCCUGGAUUACCGCAUGCUGAUGCAAUACUCAUAAAGUAGGACAGAGUGCUGCAUAAACAUCUAUGAAGAAUAUAAUUGUUUUUCCUAUGUUUAUAAAGCGAAAGAAAAAAUACGUAGUUGUAUUAUUCAUUGUUAAAAUUUGAGUAUACUUAUUAAUUGAUUGCUUUGAUAUAACUCAUUCAUUCUUGCUCAUUUCUUCAUAACUUUCUUUUUUUUAUUGAUACAUUAAAUUGCUGUGUCUACUACUACUAUUUCAUAACCAUAAGUGCUUCAAGACAAGCAAGUACACACAUUUACUUCAGUAAAUGUCCUUUUCUAGUUUAUAGCUAAAUUCAUCACAGAUUGUAGAUACUUCAAAUCAUGCACCAGUGGUAGUAGUAUUGACAGCAGUAGUGAUGGUAGAAGUAGUAACUGUUUUAAUAGGGUUUUCAUAGGCUAUGUGUUAGCUAUAGUGACCUAUUUUGGGGUGGUUUGUAAGUGUGGAGUUAUAGAGGGCUAGUAUAGUAGGCUUGAGUGAGUACUAUAUCAUCAUAAGCCAUACAAUGUUUUUUAAUCUCUCAAAAUGUUUUAUUUGGAACAUUCUGAAUGUUUGUGGCAGUAAUUUCAGUUUAGAAUGUUGAAGAUUGCAUUCCGCCAUUAAAAUUUAUGGGAUAC